CUAUCCCCCGCUGUCUAAUCGGCGGCGGGUGUUUAUAAAAACACAAGUCGGCUGGGCUAAAAUUGCCAAGUAAAGCUCAAUUAUGGCUGAUCCACGCAUCAGGCAAUUGGUUAUAAAAACGGGUGUAGUGAAGCGUUUGACCAAGGAGAAGACCGUGUAUGAGAAGGAGGUGCACAUUGAAAGGGCACGCCUGGAAAAGUUCAGGAAUGAUGGCGCUGAUGAGCAUGUCCUGCGAAAGCAGGAGGAGGUCAUCGAGGAGUGUCAAAUGAUGUUGCCCGAUUCAAAGAGACGAUUGCAGAAGGAGUUUGAGGUUCUGGAGAAGUACUUGCAGGACGAGAAAGAUCUCAACGAAACGGAUGCGUAUACAAAAGCAGCCGAGGUGCUUAAAGACGCCAAAGCCGCGCUGGGCUAAACAUUGUCAAUGAACAAUUCCAUAAGCAAUAUACGUUCCCUGUUUUACUGUCAAUGACUUCCUUUUCAUUAUCAUAAUGAAUCUAUUUAAUGAAUUACAAAUAAACAGCACAUGACUCAUUUAUCAGUGUGCUAAAAUGUUUUA